CUCCCCCAUACAGACUAAGCACUUGACCAAGCACUGGGUCCUAAGCAAAACACCGACCAACGACUGGAGCAGGAGGGGUACAUGGGUAUGUGGGUAUGUUUUCAUAAGCCUAGUUUACUGUGCCAGCUGAGCUUUACGAGAAAGCAGGGAAGGAAAUUCCUCCAACCCCCCAUCUCUGUACUGUAAUCAGAUGUUGUAACUUAAUAUUUCAAUGCCAGGCAUUGUGAAAUAACGUAUUCUCUUCGACUUAAUUCUCUUAAGGAGAUUUCUGCCCUGUUUGAGGUUACUGUUGAACAGUAGAGGUUUGAAUGGCAUUUCUAGAUCCAAAGUGAAUUACAGUACUUUUAAAUAGUCAUUGCAUAACUUCAAGCACUGUUGGGAGGGAUAAUAGGUUUUCCAAAGCUAAGGAUCUGAGGCACAGACCACCAACCUAAGCGGUAAAGCUACAGAACAAGUUACCAUUCGUGACAUUCUUUCAAGAGAAUGGGCUGGAAACUGAAAACAGCGGAAACUUUUCUCAGUAUUUUAGCAUUCUACAUCACGUCCACAGUAGGGGAGGAUGAGGAGUCCAGAUCAGAAUGUGCUGACUUCAACAACACGACCUGGCUGGAGUACCGUCAGCAGGGCAGCAAGCUACAGGUGCAAUACCUGCUCCUGACACGCAAGAAUACAGACUGUGCCAGCCUCUUCAGUCAGGAGUCCCUCAGCAACAACACCUCCUACUUCAACUCCUCCCUACCCACCAAGAUCAUUGUCCAUGGAUACAGGGCUCUGGGCAGUAAGCCGUCCUGGGUGAAACAGCUGGCCCAGGCUCUGCUGCGGGCGCAGGAUGCCAAUGUGGUGGUGGUGGACUGGGUCUAUGGGGCCUCCUUCGCCUACAACCUGGUGGUGGAGAACUACAAGGAGGUGGCCGUCCAGAUAUCUGUCCUCAUCAACCAGCUCCAGAACCAUGGAUGCAAACUGGAGUCAUUUCACUUCAUUGGGGUUAGCCUCGGGGCACACGUGUCUGGAUUCGUGGGGACCCUGUUCAAGGGGGAGAUAGGGAGAAUCACAGGUCUGGAUCCAGCUGGACCCAUGUUUAAGGGAGCCGACACGUUUGACCGUCUUGACCCCUCAGAUGCACUGUUUGUGGAGGCCAUCCACACAGACUCUGACUACUUCGGUAUCUCCAUCCCUGUUGGCCAUGCUGACUUCUUCCUGAAUGGUGGGAUGGACCAGGCAGGUUGCGCACGCUCAAGGUUUGAGUCAAUGUAUGGCUAUGUGAUCUGUGACCACAUGAGGGCGCUCCACGUCUACAUAAGUGCACUGAACGGGACCUGCCCACUGACUGGCAUCCCUUGUUCCAGCUAUGAGGAAUUCCUGAAGGGGCGCUGUUUAGGCUGCCAAGGUGUCUUCAAUGGCACAUGUCCACAAAUAGGGUUAUUGGAGAACAGCGGUAUAACAGCCUCUCCUCUUCCUCAACAAGAGAAGCUUUUCCUCCUGACAACCUCUGCACCUCCUUUCUGUGCCCAUCACAUCCUGGUGCAGCUGGAGGUAUCCCCCCUGGACAAGACUGCUGAGGUGCAGGUGACCCUAAGAACCAGGGGACUUCCUGAAACAGAGCACAGACUCAGGCUAGAGACAGACGGUACCGUUUACAGGAGGGUGAUAGCCCACCUGGUGCCACUGUGUGAGAUAGACUCCAUCCAGCUGAAGAACACUGGAGCACGCUUCUACAGACAGGGAGACAUCCACUUUGUGUCUGUCUGCAUAUCAGAGUUCCCCUCUGUCGGAGAAGUGGAGUCGUUGUGUGUGAAGAAGAUUGACAUUAGACGAGGAUCUCCGUGGAACCAUGAUUUUGUGCAGCUGUGUGGGAAUGACUGAGAACCCUUAUGUCCUGAACACACACAACCUAUGCACCAACAUCUGUUUCUUUGGCUGUGUCAACAUCCCAAUAGUUCUGAACUAGCAUCCUCUCCUCGUCUCCUUUCCUUCAUCAUCAAUGAUGUGGAAUGCUUUGAUAGGUCUAAGCAGUAAGGAGGAAGCCUAUCCUGUCCUUAUCAUUAGGCAUGAAGGAAAGGAAAUUAGGAGAGUUUUACUGGGACGCAGCCUGUUUCCAGCUCACACAGAAACACACACACAUGCAGCCAAUAGCUCCUGUUGGAAAUAUACAUACAAACACACACUCAUAUGUUACUGAUGGACCACCUACAGCCAGACUACGCUACAAUUUUCUUAUUGUUACAUUUCUUCUGUAUUUUCUAAUAGCAUUAGUAUUGCUGUACAUAAUCAUUCCGAUGCAGCUGAAUGUUACUUUCUUAAUAAGAGCUUCUGUUGAAGCGAAACAGUUCUGAGAAGCAGGGGUGAGCAAUGUGUUCAAACUGUGAUGAGUUUGAAUACCUCAUCAUGAUAAACCUGAAGACUCAAUCUUAUUCUGACUGAGGAUGGAGGAGAGAGGAGACAUAGAUGAAAAAAAUGACAGUCAAUGCAUUUUCACCAAGACCUUUACGGAGAAAGAUUGGCCCCAUGAAAAUACAUGUUUAUCACAUUAUGUAUAUGUAGGCCCACAUUUUGGGGGGGGGAAACAACAAAAACAAAAUACUCCUGUUCUAUGUUUUCUGACAAAAUGUACAAUGUGUGAGGCAUCUCACGUUUACAAGCACGUAGACAAAAUGCAGAAGUGCCUGUUACAUUUGGAAUCAUGAUUUGAAAAUAUGUAUGUAUGAAGAGAAAACCCUUUUAGCAUGCUCUCACUCAAACAUUAUUCUCUCAGAUUAUGUCUGCACAAACAAACAAGAUUAACGUGCCCCUAGCUAGCCAACCCAACCCUGGCUGUUAAAAAAUCUAAUACUCAUGAUUAGUUUAUGUGGAAUCAUAAUAGCAUAAUCCUAUCUCUACUUCAAAAGACUUUCCAUCCAGAUGAAUGGGAGAUGUGAGUGACAUAAUAAAAAGAGUAUACCAUUCUUUUCUGUGACAUUAACUAAUAAAUUCAGUUUAUAACAUAA